AUAUUCCGGGGGUGGCUAUUUUUUGCAGAAUGUAAUUUUUUUUCCUUCUGAAUGGCCGGAGGAUGUAUUUGUUGUGAUGAAAGGUCAGUUGCUUGAAUACAGUAGGAUCCUUUACUUGGUGAAAGCUAUCGAUUUUUCAAGUAACAAUUUGUCAGGAGAGAUUCCUACAGAAAUGACUAAUCUGAAAGAUUUGCUAUCACUCAAUUUGUCCCACAAUUUUUUGACCGGAAGGAUCCCUGCAGGCAUGGGUAACAUGAGAAUGUUAGAAUCACUUGACCUCUCUGUAAAUGAAUUGUCUGGUCCAAUCCCUGAAAGCAUGUCAAGUUUGACGUUUCUGAGUUACCUGAACAUGUCUGAUAACCAACUGAGCCGGAAAAUUCCAACAAGUACACAGUUGCAGAGCUUCAAUGCAUCUAGCUAUGCUGGCAACAAACUUUGUGGCCUUCCACUAAUGGAUAAAUGCAGUGCAGUUGGUUCAGAACCUAGCGGCAUCCAAACUGUUGGUGGAAGAGGCGCUGGAGGUGCAGAUAUCACCGGUUUCUUGAUGAAAUGUGGUGGAAAAUCAGUGAUUUUCUAUGCAAAUACUGUUUCUAAAAGCUUCAUGCAUCUGUUUUGAGUGUAUUAUUUUCAUGAGUUUAAUUACAAAUAAUGCUCAUUUAUUGCUGGAAAAAAUUUAGAGGAAUGGUAACCCAGUUAUUGUUCAUUUCAAGAAUAUCAUUUCAGAUAAGAGUCAUGAAACUCUGGUUCUUAGUAUUAACAUCAACAUGCCCAUUUCAAAUAAAGAAAUAAAACAAUU